GCAUGUAUGUUCAGCUUGCAGCAGUCAUAGCAGUUGACAGGUAGAAAUUCCAAGCGAAUCUGCGGUUGACUCGAACCGCUAGUCCGCACUCGGUUGAUCUCGAACGCACACCGGACAUCACGAAGAAAAGCAUCUGGUACUCCACCCUUUCGGUCCAAUCACCGUCACCCGGUUUUCAAUCUCUUGCCCUCGACAACUGCGUACACACGAGUCUCUGGGAGGCAGAAACUGUCUCCACGACUCGAGACUCGAAAUUGACGACGAAGAUGUCUGGACCAGAUAAUAACGAUGUCACGCCGAUGUAUAACGGUGUUCCGACUCCCGUAUCCACUCGGGUCUAUGCUCGACAAGGACCGACCAUGACGAGCCAUUCGAGCUUUCUCUCCCCCUACCUCGGUUCUGAGCCGGCUUCUUCGUCGUCUUCGGGUCCUCCUGGUCAAUCACAGGAACAACUCCAGGUCUCGUCUUCUUCCUCUUCCUCGUCGCCAUCGGGCCCAUCCCCAUCGACUUCGAACCCUGCAUCACCCACCAAACGUACCAAUCCAUCACGUAACCCUUCACAAAGACGACCCCCCAACUUGACUUCGCGAUCGACGAUGAUGCGUCGACGAGCCGCUCUCGAAGAUCUCUGUCUCGGUGUAGAAGGGGUGCCUAUGCACAGGGAGAUGCUCAACGACUUCACGAGCGUGGUCAAGAGGGUGUUUGGGACCAAAAUGAGUAUGGUAUCGAUCAUGAGAGAUGAGAUCGAGAUGAUAGGGAUGCGAGGUGAAAAGCCGGCCGAUCUACAAUGUCCCAGCGAAAAUUCGGUCUGCCCUCAUAUCAUCAACUCGACCACGCCCCAAUCUAUCACCUACCGAGACCUCGACAAGACCGAAAAUAAGAUCCGCCAGAUGAACGUGUGGAAACGGCUACUCUAUCCAGAGGCCAUCCAGCGGCGUGGGCUGAAAGGCGGGAUCGAUGACGAUAAGGACGACGUGAAUAAUCAGGAGAGAUUAAGGUUUUAUGCUGCGGUGCCUCUGGUCAUUCGCUGGCCGGGUGAUGCGCCGGAUGAAGAACCAGCUGCAGGUGAAUGGGACGACACCCCGCUAGGGGAAGAGCAGCGACCGGUCAUGUCACCCACGUCGUCUUCCGUGGCGAUCUCUCCCCGUUCGUCAUCAUCAUCGCCCACCCCAGGGUCUCCUCGUCGGACGUAUAAACCGUCGUCCAUCAAGGACCGCCAUCUCCCGCACGAUCUGAUCACGCUCGGUACGCUUUGUAUCCUGGAUACCGAGCCCAGACCGAAUUUCAGCUCGGAAGAGGAGGAGACAUUGAGACAGCUCGGGGAUCUGUUGGUCAGGCUCAUCUGCACGGAGCAGAGCGAGGGAUGGGCUAUGCGUGAGGUCGGAGGAUAUAAAGUGAUUAUCGAUUUCUUGCAUCGCACGGCCUUGUCCGAUCAGAUGACGUUUGUCACCGAACAAGCAGAGAAUGAGCCGACGGGAAAACUCGUCGACAGGUCACAAAAGCCCGAAGAUUCGAUCCCGCAGACGCCAGGGUCAGAGGUCGGCUCGUUCAUGAGCAAGAAAUACGACGCCAGCUUCAUGGUCAUGCCGGACGACGGCGAGGAGAAACGCUCCGAGUCCGAGCUAUACGAUGAUGCCAUCUGCUCGAUCUGUGACAUUAUCGAAGACUGCGCGGUCGUGCUGUUGGAUGUUUCGCAAUAUCGGAUAUUUUUGAAACGCGAAGAGGGGGCCAAGAACGAUCUUCAUCAUGCGCUUGUCGAUCACGACGAACCAUUCCUCAGUAGCGGAUACGAUAUCCGGCCGCUGGCCAACUUGAUGCCGGGUGCCCUGCAGACGGCAUCUACUCGCGAUCUGGUCGUCAAGCGGAUCCGGAGGAAAAGGGAAAACGGCCAGUCCGUUGGUCCCAGACGACUAGCUGCCAAGGUCGCCGAUAUCUCGUUCCACUCGCCGUUCAACCAGGACGAAGAGGUGUUCUCCGAGGGUGUGGGCAAGCUGCUACGGCGGAUGCUCUUGAGCGACCAGUAUUGGUACAAUGAGGGUGGUUCGACCGACUCGGACGAUCCUCAGAUUCUGGCAGAGGUCGCACCUGGCGCUCAGUGGAUAUUGGCUUUGCCUGUGUGGCAUUCUGAUGGGAGCCCCUUCAAGGUGCUCGUCAUAGCUUGGGAUCAUCAGCCUGCACGGAUGGACGAGACGGAACGGUUUGUACGCGGGAUUGUGGCUGGAGUGUCGGCUGCCAUGACUAUUCGCAAGGCCAGAUUGCUGGAAAAAGCACAGAGCACAUUCUCCAAGGUUCAGGCGCAUGAGCUUCGUACGCCAAUCCAUCAGAUCAAGAACAUUGCUACCUUACUCCGAUCGGCCGUCACCGAUGGUGCUCCGCGCGACAAUGUCUUGACCGCCAUCAAAGACAUCGAGGUGGCCAGUCAGCGCCUCGAGAUGGUGACCAACAACAUCCUCAGCUAUUUCGAAGUCCAGAGCGACGGUGGAGAAUCGAAAGAAUCGCUCCAGGCCAUCACUGAGCGGAAUAUGACCAAGGAGAACACCGCACGAACGCUCGAAGUCAUGCUCGCCGAUCUCGUCGAGGCUCUUGUUUCGACCGACACGAAUGCGCGACUCCAGGAAGAGGAGACGCAGCCGGAGAUUGAGAUCAUCAUGGAGAUCGUACCUCCGUUUCUCGGUGAGACGGUCGAGGAGGAUCGGAACGGCAACCUCGCAAGGGCCAUGGGCAACAUCAUCUCGAACGCGCUCGCUUAUAUAGAUCAACCCAAAGGUUUCGUUCACAUCAUCAUUGACGAUGUCCCCAGCCUAUUGCCGCCGAGCGGCUACGCAGACUUGUCUUUGACCAAAAACGUCAGCAUUCAAAUCCAGGAUAGCGGGAUCGGGAUGGAUCGAGAAUAUCUCGAGUACCAUUAUUUCCGUCCGAUGAAAAAGGAAAAUGCGCUGAAACCUGGAAGCGGUCUCUCGGUGCAUAUCGCCCAGCGGCUCGUUCAUACGCUGGGGGGUAACAUUGCGGUCAGCUCACAGAGCGGAAUGGGCACGACCGUGCACAUCGAGGUACCGCUUAUGCGCAGACGGAUGACCCACGCAGUCACCGCAGCCGUCAAGCCCGGUGACCCGGAUAAAGUAGCGAGCAACAUUGAGGAGACCCAGCCGAGCAAAGCUUGCUACCUGUCUGGAUUUUUUGGUGAAGAACGCGGGCUGGGAUUGAACAAUGCUGGAAAGGCUCUCGGCCGGUCGAUUGAACGACUCGGCUGCAAGGUCGUUCAAGACAUCUCCCAAGCUGAUCUGAUCCUGCGCAACGUCUCGAUCGGACGCAAAAUCGACUUUGGACAGGCCCGUGAAAAGUGUCCGGCGGGUGAACUCGUCCUGCUAUAUGGCAUGGAAGAUCAACGUCAAGAGGUUGAAGCCGUCGCUUCGGAGAACAACAUGCGGUACUUCAAACGCCCGCUCAUCCCCUCGGUUCUCCGGGAUGUCCUGUUUAGGGAGAAAGAGCAGAUCGCCCGACGUCGUCAGAUCCGCGAUGGGCAAAAUCCUGCCAGUCCCGGGGUGAGAGAACCCAAAAGGCCGCCUUCGACGGAGAAGAGACCGGCGUUGAAACACAGGGCGAGCCCACCUGUGCAAAUGGGUGCGACCGCCCCGAUCUUGGUCGUCGAGGACAACCCCAUCAACCGAAAGAUCCUGGUGCAGUACCUCAAGAAGAACUGGCCGGUACAUCAAGCUGUCGACGGGGAGCAAGCACUCGACGUGUUCAAGCAGGAGACUGGACCGUGUGUCGUCCUGCUCGAUAUCAACAUGCCAAAACUGAACGGUUUCGAGACCUCCGUCCAAAUGCGUAGGAUCGAAAAGGAACAAGGACGUCAAGCAUCACAGAUCGUCGCUGUGACGGCGCUAUCGAGCGAAGAACACCGGUCACGUGGACUUAACGAGUGCGGGAUGGACGAAUGGCUGGUCAAGCCUACCAAUAGACAACAGAUCAUUGACGCGGUGCAUACCGCACAAAAGGCCAUUGCGAAACGACUGGCCGAGGUCUCUUCCGAUCGAGAUCAAGCAAGUCCCGAUUUGACGUCUUCUGAGCAGACAUAGCAUAGAAUAUAGCAUGGCAUAGUGUUUUGGACGGCAUUGGGAUAGAACGGGCGUUCCGGCACGCACCGUCGAGGACUGGGUUUUCGAUGCGACAUGAGGAUCUCGUAGCAUGGACAGUGCCUUCUAGAGGACAACGGGUUUCGGUAACGUGGAUAUUGCGGGCAUUUGGUAUGUUGUAUGUAUCACGGGAUAGAUUGGCAGCAAGGGUUGUACGUAUGCAUACAUGAUACAGUACUAUGUGGUUAGG